GACGCCUCCCGCUAUUCUUGGAACAAGAGGCAGACUCAGGGCCUUUGGUAUACCAGAUGCUUCCACGUCCUCUACCAGAACACGAACUUCUGGGCCACAGUAUAUCGCUAUUCCCCUGCAGGGCGGCCGUCGUUGGUGGUGUAGAACCCGGCAGAUUGUUCCAUGACUCCUGCGCAAGGCUGACUCGCUCCUGUGAAAGCCCCUGGGAGAUCUCGCUUCCACCCCCAGUUCAUCAACCUUUCCUUUUCUCCGCUAGUCGCCCUGGUAUCUCUGUCCAAAUCCUGGGAGUCGGUCACAGAUGGGAGUCAGAGAGGCUCUAACGUUGCCAAGCUCCGGGAUAAACCCUCCGCGAUGGUCAGCGCGUUUGGCCAGAAGAGGUUUGGUCACUCAAGUUGGCCAGGAGCAUCCCCCUCCUUCUCUGACUGUUGGUUGCCCGAUUUCCUGACCUCAGCUGUUCAGGACUGAUGCCUUUCCUCUGGCCAGGGACCUUUGGACAACCUUUGUUUGUGUCUUGCCGCGUUCUUCAUGGAGGCUCUGCAUCUAACUCUCAUGUGGCCUUGUUUCGUAUUCCGCCGACCGCCGACUUGAGGGAAAAUCCCGAGCAGGCCCUGGUUACAAGAGCGUCGAGCGCUCGGCUACAUCGUUGGCCGGGUACAAGGUUUUGGGGCCGCUUGAACUCCCAGGAGACUUUCGAGGAGCAGAAUUAUGACCCUUGGGGGAGAACGGCCGUCCGUCGAUGCUCCCCCAUAAGCAAUUCGCCUGGCCACGAGACGCAUCCAAAUAUUUUACUUGCUACGAACUGGUGCCUGUCACUCUGUUACUGGCCUUACAUUUGCUCCACAAGUUUUCCCUACCUCUAGUGCUCCUUAUGCCUAUUGGAUGCUAUGGGCAACACUGGUAGAUCAAGUACAGGUUGUGCUCGCUGCAAGCAGCGGAAGGUCAAGUGUGAUGAAGGAAGACCGGGAUGCAGGAAAUGCGCCCUGUUGCGUAAGCCGUGCCCCGGAUACCCAUACCAAGUCCAACUCCAGUUUCGAGCACCGCCAAAGGGCGAACCUUCGACAAGCCCAGGAGAUCAGCCAGCCGGUCCAUCUAUAUUCCCGAUCCGCCCUACUGUCGCUAGAGAAACCCCAUUCCCUUUGGUCACUCCUGAGGUCAAGAUCGAGGAUGAUACAAGCAAAUCAGCUUUGCAGAAAUUGCCGCCAACCCAACGCUCGAUCUCUCCUCCUUUGCGCUACGACAUCCAACAUCAGUCGUUGUGCUUUUUCCUCAAUUUGUUCUGUUUCCAGGCGGGCCGCCUUUAUUCGUUUCCAGUCCUCGAUUUUUUGCCGGGAAUGCUCCAGAGUGCUGAUCCGCGCUCCUGCAUUCACAAGGCUGCAAUGGCAGUAUCCCGAAUGACUCUGGCCGAUAGAUACAGUGGAAAGGAUGUGAGGCUACAGACUGGUCGAGAAUACGGUCAUGCACUGAGUUUGACCAACGCGACUAUCCGCGACACAGCUGCGAGCAUUCAAGAUGAGACCGUGCUUUCUGUCUGGCUCCUUGGACUCUACGAGAUGAUUAGCGUCGUAUUGAUGCACGGGCGAAAAACGCCGGAAUCGCGAUCGCUAGAGGAAGAAUGGCAAUCACAUCUACUGCAUGUCAGGGGUGCCAUGAACUUGUUGCGUCUCCGAGGAAUGUCACAAUUCACAACGGCACGUGGAGAGAAAAUCUUCCGGCUUUUCAAAGCCGCAAUUCAAAUGAGACUCUUCAUAUUGAACUCCGUUACUUCCAAGGACUUCGACAACCUUGAGAUCGACGUCUACCAAGACGAGCAUGAGUUCGUACCCUCUCAGACCGCGAACAAGGCUACUGCAUACUUCCACCGCGUUGCACGACUUCUGGAGAAAAUCAAGCAUUUUCUCGGCCGAAGUGCUGCUCAGCUAGCCCUUUCCAACGCCACCGCCGAUGUGUUCUUGAAAUAUGGCGAAACCUUGGAUGAAAGCAUGUCCGACUGGAGCAAAGACGAACCUGGCUGGGAUAUGAUGAGGGUACGUGCCUCGACAGCCGGCACUAUGUGGGCCCUCUACCCAUCUCAUGCCCUCCACCAUUUCUACAGCUUCUGGGUUUUCUUAUACUGGCUGCGAUUCCUGACAGCCCGGUAUAAGCUGUACGAGGCUCUAAUUGAACUCCUGAAGCUCCGCCUCAAGUCCCUUCCCAACGAUCCUCAGACCUCCUCCGCAGCCAGCAACCUUCAGAUUUCCAAAUAUCGAGCGAUCAUUCAAAUGACCGCAUCGGAGCUCAUUGGUCUGACGGCAUACGCCUUGGGUGAUGUGACUCCUACCGGGGACUUCCAUUCAUCCGUAUCCGGCCAUCACCCGAGAAAGGGUUUCCAGGAAAUCAACGUUGUUGCGGCGAUGCAGCUGGUCCUUCCGCUCAAGAUGUUGCAACGAUCAGAACAUCUCACUGCCACCCAAAAGGGAGCAGUUGACCUUGCUAUUUCUCAUAUCGGCGAUGGCUUCCGGCGGCAGCCGUUGAUGUUAAUUUGACCUAGAAGAACAUUCCAUGACCAGAGGGUCGCGAAUCUGACCGUCACCGAAAUUUUUGUGUUUGUGUUCUUCUGCUUGGUACGCAUUGGGACAACAGGCUGUUCUUGUCAUUAGGAUUGGCAUCAUUGAAUGGACCAGCUGAGGCGCUAAUUUAUCGCGUUCUGCGGCCUUGGAGACCAGUUGAAAGCCCGCUUGAGCAAAUCAACAACGCUUCAGCGGCCGCAAACGAAGAAAAAGAUCUUUCCUCCUGCGAAACUAGCUUUGCCGCUCUUACCAGCCCCGCCUUCUGGGCGUCUAUGAGAUGCUAAUUGACCCAUAGAGACUUGAAUGGUUAUCCCUGCCGAUAUUCAUCAGUGGUCAGUCAUUCUCAGCAGCCAAUGUGUAGCCACGUCGCGGCAUCUGGGUCCGAGAUUGUUUUCAAGUUUGCCUGAGUAAACGAGGUGGCUCAAUCUUGGUUGCCGCUUUCGGUGAACUAUGCAUUUACCUGGGAUCAUCGAUGUCUGAAUCUGCAACAUGAGUCUGGUGAAGGAUGAUGUCGUUCAGUGCAAUGCUUGGAACUUCUGACAGUGGACGAACACUGAACCUGGAAGUUGUGAAGGUAUACAAAGGAAGAAACCAAAGUUGGCAUUUGAGAUGCCGACUGGGGCAGGCUCAAUACACUUGUAGCACUCUCGCAUAUCAUGAGCAAAUCAGCAAAAGGAACGCUGAGUUUAUGCCUGACGGAAGUAGAAUUGGACCAGGACGUUGUGUGGACCCUUCACGGGUCCAAAUCUCAGUCCACAUAAGAUCAGUACUCGCGCAGGCACGUAAGGCUCUGCUUGACAAGGCUGUAUAACUCAAGUUAUGAUUGGCCGAACGCCAGCC